AACAAGAAAGCAUGGCUGGAAGUGUUGGUAGUGUCGUUACUGCUCAGAAAGCAGCGAAACUACAGUCUCUGAAUGGAUUAUUUGCUAUUUAUAAGAAACAAGGACCAACGUCAGCCGAUGUGUUAAAUGUACUGAAAGAAAAGCUUUUGCAAGAGGCCAAUCUGAAUCACAAUGCCAAGAAAAGGAAAAAGCAAACCGUGAAAAUUGGGCAUGGAGGGACACUGGACAGUGCAGCUUCGGGAGUGCUUGUGGUUGGGAUUGGAAAAGGAACUAAGAUGCUUGGUACUAUGCUGACUGGUUCUAAGAAAUACACCACUGUCGGUGAAUUGGGAAAAGCAACAGACACUUUGGAUGCCACUGGAGCUGUAACCAAGGAAAUGACUUAUGAACACAUCACAAAGGAGGACUUUGAAGCAAAACUGAAGAAGUUUACUGGAAACAUAAUGCAAGUUCCUCCACUAUACUCUGCACUGAAGAAAGACGGACAAAGGCUGUCUGUCCUGCUGAAGAAAGGCUAUGACGUGGAGGCGAAGCCUGCCAGGCCUGUGACAGUUUACAGCCUCUCGCUGCAGGACUUUAGCCCACCUUUCUUCACUCUCGAUGUUGAAUGUGGUGGUGGGUUUUACGUGAGGAGCUUGGUGGAUGAUCUUGGCAAAGAGCUCUCCUCGUGUGCCCAUGUGAAGGAGCUGGUCCGAACCAAGCAGGGUCCUUUCCUGCUGGAGGAGCACGUGCUUCGGGAAGAGAGGUGGACCAUUGAUGAGAUUGCCCAGUCUGUUCAGGACUGCAGCCAUCUCCUCAACACUGAGGCAGCGUCAAAGAAACCCAAAACAGACUUGGGCCAAGCACCAGCUACCCACAGUGACAAAGGGAAAACUGAUGACGAGGAGCCCUAGCCAGUAGCCGUGAUAAAGAGUACACAGCUCAACAACGCAUUCUUGAAUUCUACAAUUCAUGUGAUGCAAGCUGCUGCAUGGAAUUUCAAAACCAUAAUUAGAGCUCUACACAAAGUAUUUCAAAGCAUCCGAAUGACUGCCUUGACCACUAAUGCAUAUCCUCUCCUUGAAAUUAUCUAUUCAUGACUGCACAAAUUGUCCUUUGAAAUGGAUCUUGCUGCAUGUUUGUUUUGUGAAUGCAACAAUUUCUGUAUUUUAUGUGUUCUUAUUUUUAGGAAGUUCCUCAUUGUGCAUUACUAAGAGAUGGAAGUGUUGAUGGGCAUUGACUGAUCUGAAAAACAAUAUCAGCACCAUCACUGCAUUAGUGCUAAUUAAAAACUUCUUACUGAAGAUAUUUCAUUGUGCUUUAGCAAACAGCCAGAAUAUCUCAGCUGGUGGUUGCUUUUUGAUGAAUGAGCACCCAGGAAUCAUCUGUUGUAUGUGAUCUUUCCACCUUGACAUUAGUAGCACAUAACCCAUAAUAAUAGUGUUGUCCUAUUAUUUAGAAAAGCCACCUAGUUAAACUUCUUUCGGAAAGAAUGAAUUAAGAACUCCAUUUGCAUUUUUGAAUGACUUAGUAAAUGAAUGGCAUUUAUUGAGCUUACACAUGCAAAACAUUAUCUGCAGAUAUUCCGUCCAUCCAUUUUCUAACCACUACUUCCAAUUCAGGGUCACAGUUGAUGGGCACAGAACAGCCAGUCCAUCGCAGGGCAGACACAAGCAAGUAAAGCUGGGCUUCUGAAUACAACAGCCAAUAGAGGGCCUUUUUGUAGCAUAGCUUGAGUACUAUAGUCCAGACUAGACAUCACCAGUUCAAGUCAGCACUUGCCCUGAUAUUACUCAACAUUUCUUAAAAUUCUUUAAGUAAUUGAUUAGGAAUUAUUAAAAAUUACUUAAUGUGCAUGGAGGUAUAUAUCAAAUGUUUUUCUUUAAGGGGAGGGUCUAAGCCAUUAAGCAUGUGAUUCCUGGAUUCAUGGAGAGACAAGUAAUGUAAAGAACUGUUCCCCAAAACUCUCAAUGUGUCAACUGACCCAUAUGAGGGAAAAAUAUCUCGGUACCACUAUCAUAA